GCUGAGAAACCAAGCUCCACAGAAAACGAGGAGGAGGAGAUCAGAAAUGGCGUUGGUCGGAGAAGAAAGUAAGUUGGAGCUGAGCUUAGGGUUGCCGGGUGGCGGCGGCGGCGGAGCACCGCCGCCCGGAGCCGCAGAUCAUGCUACGGCGGCGGCGACGGGAAAGGGGAAAAGAGGGUUUGAAGAAACCCAUCAGCAUGUGGAUUUGAAGCUGAAGCUUUCGUCUAAGGACUCACAGAUCCAUGCUUCUGAUCAUAAUAAGGCCAACAAUAAGGAUGCUGACGUCACCAAGCCUCCAGCCAAGGCACAGGUUGUAGGUUGGCCACCAGUCCGGUCUUACCGGAGGAACAUCCUGGCCGCGAACAACCACCAAAAGAGUGGCGGCGAAGACGGCAGCGACAAGGCUGCAGUGUUAGUUAAGGUUAGCAUGGAUGGUGCACCCUACCUUAGGAAAGUGGACCUAAGCAUGUACAAGAGUUAUCAAGACCUGUCUGAUGCCUUGGCCAAGAUGUUUGGCUCCUUCACUAUUGGUAAUUGUGAAGCGCAAGGGAUGAAGGAUUUCAUGAACGAGAGCAAGCUGAUGAACGUGUUGAACACUUCUGAUUACGUUCCCACCUAUGAAGACAAGGAUGGUGAUUGGAUGCUUGUCGGCGAUGUCCCAUGGGAGAUGUUUGUGGAAUCCUGCAAGCGCUUGCGUAUUAUGAAAGGAACAGAAGCUAUUGGGCUUGCGCCUAGAGCCAUGGAAAAAUGCAAGAACAGAAGCUGAAGCGGAAGCCAACGCGCCACCACGUGCGGCGGUAGUGAUGGCGGAGGUGCGGGGUGGUGGGUGGGUUGUGUUUGUAAGUUGAUUAUCUAGUGGCCUGGGUAAUGGUAUUGUACGUUAUGAUGAUAGUGGUUUGAAGAAUUGAUUGAUGUAUGGAUUAAAGGUUGUUUAAUUGUGUAUUUAAUCAGGGAGAGAGAGAGGACAGUAAAUUUAAGGUUGUGAUGAUGAUGAUGAUCUAAGACUUUAGUGUUUUCCUUGUAUGUUUCAGUCUCUGUUUAUGGUUUGCCUAAUAAUAGGGUACCCACUACUGUGCCCAAAAGUAUGGAUAAUGUGAGAUAAUCUAGUGGAUGGGUAAUUGUGUAUGCAAAAACCUAACAUUUUUAUCA